AUGUUGGAAGAUUUUGGUAUUGCUCAAGCGACUUUGAGCAUUGGCUGUGAUAACAACAGCGCAUUCUACUUUAGCCAAGUUUAUCACGAGAGGAGCAAGCAUAUCGAUGCUAAUAUACAAUACUUUAGUCAACUCCGGCACCCAAAUUUGAUCAAACUUAUUGGAUAUAGCUUCAACGAAGACAGCAAGAUUCUGGUAUAUGAGUUCAUGGGCAAAGGAAGCUUGGAAAACCAGUUGUUCACAAUAGGAUGGCAUAACUCCCUCAAUUGGGCUACAAGAGUCAACGUGGCUAUAGGUGCUGCUAGAGCUAUUGCCUUCUUGCAUGACUUGGAAAAACCGGUCAUACAUGGAAAUAUUAUGAGUAGUAAAAUUCUUAUAGACAGAGACUUUACCGCCAAGUUGUCAACCUUUGGCUUUGCAAGAGAUGGUCCUAUCGGUGACAGGACUCAUGUAUCAACUCGAAUCACGGGUACAUAUGGACAUUAA